GAAUGUCCUCAAAGGCAUAAGAUGGACAUUGCAAUACGGUAUCUAAUCCCAUUGGUUGGAGUAAUCCAUAAGUCAUAAUUAUCUGAAAGCAAAAGCCCAUACACUCUCUUCAUGCCUAACUAUAUAUCCUACAGCCAACCUCUAUGGUAGAGUUCCAAAGCACAUUCUUCACAAAGAUAUGACUCUCUUUGCUUCCAAAAACAAAGAGAGUCAUAUCUUUUAUUACUCUAUUAAUUAAACUACUUUGAUAAACAGUUCUUCCUGUCUCAAUUGAGAAACAAAACAAUGGAAGGUAGAGAGUACAUGUACAGUCCAGCAGUGCCAGAAGGUAAAUAUGAAAUCUUCACUUGCCAGCAGCCACCUCAAACUGCAAGAAAGAAGAAGAACAAGAUUGUGAACAAGAGCAGGUUUAGUGCUGAACAAAUUAAGUCACUAGAAUCCUCAUUUGAAUCAGAGACAAGGCUCGAGCCUAGGAAGAAGGUGCAACUGGCACGAGAGCUUGGGCUGCAACCUCGCCAGAUUGCCAUAUGGUUUCAGAACAGAAGGGCUAGAUGGAAGUCAAAACAGAUAGAGAAUGAAUACAAAACACUCAAAGAUAAUUAUGACAAUUUAGCAUCCCAGUUUGAGUCCUUAAAGAAAGAGAAACAAUCCUUGCUCAUACAGUUGCAAAUCCUAGGUGAUAUGCUGGGAAAAACUCAUGGUGGGAAUGAAGACAGCAAGGGUUUGGAAGGAAAUAGUGCAGUUUGUACAUCAAAUAAUGUAAAUACCAAUAGUGAGACUAAAGCAAAGCUGAAUUGCUUUCAGGAGGGAAUGGAAGGCAGUGCAGUCAUGUGUCCACAUGAAGAUAAGACUGGCAUUCGAAACUUUGAGGAGGAAGGACAAGGACUUCUGAACGUGACAGAACAUGUACAUGUUCCUUUUGCAUCACUUGAAAAAUGGUACACUUAUGAUUCAUGUGGUCUGCUUGAUCAGUUAUGUAGUAGUUCAUACUAGCUAAACUUUUGGACUAAGAAAAAUGCACCUAGUUUACAAAUUUUGGAUAUUUGUUUACCAAUUGGACCUUCGAAAGGACCAGAGGAGAGAGGGAAUGGUGAAGUGGAUGGCUCUAAGUACAUUCAGAAUAGUCCAUCAAGCAUCCAUAUAGUAGAUUAAAGGAAUGCUACAGAGCUCAAGACAACUGAAGCAAGCAAAGGAAUGGUCACCUAGAGAUUUGUUCAGGCAUGUUUGCCCGUGUGAGUGUGAGUGUGUGCAUGUGUUGUGAGGCAAAGACUGCGACCUUGUAGAAAUAUGACAAACAUCAAUACAAAAGUGCAACAUAAUGCUUGAAUAA